GAGAGAGAGAGAGAGAGAGAGAGAGAGAGAGAGAGGAAGAGAUGAAGGCACCUCUUUUCUCCAUCCACAGACUUCACCAAGUGUUUCGGCGGUCAGGACAGUUAUGGUGUAAACGUCCGGGAAUCGCAGUUGACAUUCGUCGGCUCUGACAAACUCGGUUGGGCUAAAAAGUUGCAGUUGGAAAUGCUGAAGCCGGGGGAACAGAGCGGUUCUGCUUUUCUUAAAGUGGAUCCGACUUAUCUUCAGCACUGGCAGCAGCUUUUCCCGCAGAGUCAGCUGAAGAACUGCGCAAUUCCGCAAAUCCCUGUACCCGAUCGUGCGCCUGUAGCAGCGGAAAGCCUCCGUCAGAGAACCGGUUUAAUUUCCUCCACCACCGCUCCGGCCGCUUUAACGCCAUCCUCGAGUUCGUCCUGCGCUCCUGCCGUGUCCGCGCUGGCGAGUUUAACGCAGCUCUCCGUGCCGCAGCUCGCGCUAUUCGGACACACUCUCUGUACCGAGGAGGCACCGGCCGAAAACAGCGGCGCUUCUCAGUCUAAGGAACUUUCCCUGCAGAACAACUUUAACGACAAACCGUCCCGGUUGAAGCUGACUUCAGAGGAACUGGACUACUAUCUGUACGGACAGCAGAGGAUGGAGAUUAUACCAUUAAACAAUCACACCAGUGAUCUCAAUAACCGCUGUGACAUGUGUGCAGAUAACCGUAAUGGCGAGUGCCCCAUGCACGGGCCCCUGCACUCGCUGCGGCGCCUGGUAGGUACAAGCAGUGCAUCCACUGCUGUGCCCCCUCCCGAGGUUCCCGAGUGGCUGCGUGAUCUACCCCGUGAAGUCUGCCUUUGCACCAGCACAGUGCCUGGCCUGGGCUAUGGUAUCUGUGCUGCCCAGCGCAUACCACAGGGCACUUGGAUUGGGCCUUUUCAGGGUAUUCCUCUGCUUCUGGAUAAAGUGCACUCUGGAGCGGCGCGUAACACAAGACACUUAUGGGAGAUCUAUGACCACGAGGGAACAUUACAGCACUUUAUUGAUGGCAAUGAUCCAAACAAGUCAAGCUGGAUGAGGUACAUCCGCUGUGCCAGACACUGUGGGGAACAGAACAUGACAGUGGUUCAGUACAGAUCGUGUAUUUUCUACCGGACUUGUAUGGAUAUUCCACGAGGAACCGAGCUUCUGGUCUGGUACAAUGACAGUUACACCUCCUUCUUUGGCAUCCCACUGCAAUGCAUCGCACAGGAUGAAAAUUUAAACGUGCCAUCUACUGUAAUUGAGGCCAUGUCCCGACAGGAAAGCCUGCAACCUUUCAGCAAAACGUCCAAAUCCUCUUCAUCCACCAUGCUGCAGCGCUCCAUGGUUUUCCCUCAUUCACCUUGCUCACGGAGCUUCUCUCUUCUAGACAAGGUGGGCAACAUGGAGUCAGGCUUUAAUCAGCUGAACCCCAAGAACCAGCGUAUCCUGGCCAGUCCCACAUCUACCAGCCAACUUAACAGUGAGUUCAGUGACUGGCACCUCUGGAAGUGUGGCCAAUGCUUCAAGACCUUCACACAGCGCAUUCUUCUACAAAUGCAUGUGUGCACACAGAACCCAGACAGUCCCAAAUAGGUGCUGAUGCAGGUGGAGGAGGCUAUCAGCAGGCUAUCAAGAGGAGUGGCCAAAUAAAAAAAUCUGGUACAUUCUUAAAAAGAUGGAAUGAAAUGGCUAUGUCAGCAUCACCAAAAGACCUGGAAGACCACAGAAGACAACUUAAAGUAGAUGACUAAUUCUUUUUUUGGUGAUAAAAAACCCUCACAACAUCUAACCAAGUCAAGAACACUCUAACUCUCAAGGCAAGUGUAUCAUUGUCAAAAUCUACAAUUAAGAGACGUCUUCAUAAAUGUAAAUAAAGGGUGUUUACUUCAAGAUGCAACCCACUGGUAACACUCAAGAACAGAAAAGACAGAUUAGACAUUGCUUAGAAUACAUAUAUACAAAAAAAAAAGCCUGGCCAGUCCUGGGACAAGAUUCUUUUGACAGAUAAAAUCAAGAUUAACUUGAGUAACAGAAAUGAUAGGAAGAGAAGAAUAUGGAGAAAGAAUGGAAGGACUCUUGAUCCAAUGAUAUCCAAUGAUGACAUCAUUUGUCAAAUAUUGUGGAAGCAGCAUUGGCAUGGGCAUGUUUGCCAGUAGAACUGGGUCUCUUGUGUUUAUUGAUAGUGUGAUUGCUGAUAACAGGAUAGCAGGAUAAAUUCUACAGUAUAUAAAGUUAUACCUUCUGUUCAGAUUCAGUCAAAUGCUGCAAAACUGAUAGGAAGGUGCUUCAUAGUACUGAUAGACAAUGACCCAAAACCUGACCUCAACUCAGUUGAGCAUUUAAUUCACUUACUGAAGACAAAACUGAAGGCAAAAAAACCUAGAAACAAGCAGGAACUGAAAGUGGCCCCAGUAAAAACUAAUAAAGCAUCUCAAGAGAGGAAAACACAGCAUUUAUUGAUGUCCAUGGGGUCUACACUUCAUGCAGCCAUUGAACACAAAAGUAUUUACACCCAAGUAUUAAAAAUAAUUCUUACAUUUAUUAUUGUCAGUUUGUUAAAUCCCUUAAAUUAAAGCUGAAAAACAUAGCAUUUAAUCACAUCUUGAUUCAAAUCAUUCAAAUCCAUUGUGGUGUUGUACAAAGUCAAAAUUGUCAAAAUUGUGUCACUACCCAAAUACCUAUGGAGCCUGUUGUAUGUUCUUCAUAUUAUUACUUCUCAAACAAACUACCAAUUAUACCAUAUACAUUUUCACCAAUUUCAUUCUUGCAAAGCUUAAUGGGUUUAUAAGAAUGAUUAAUAUAAUGAUAUAUAUUUCAGAAACAUUGAAUAUUUAGUCACUACAUCAGUACAUUUUGUCCAUAGUCUGGUUUGGCUGAAGCACCACAUAUAAAACAGAACAUAAUAAUAAAAUAUGAAGACAUUGAAAUUA